AUGACUACUGCUGCAGAAAGGAAGUAUGUGAAUAUUAGGAAAAGACUGGAUCAGUUGGGCUACCGCCAGACUCUGACUGUGGAGUGCUUACCUUUGGUGGAAAAACUUUUCAGUGACCUAGUUCAUACAACAGAGAGCCUUCGGAAGUCAAAAUUAUCUGCUGUGAAAGCCGAGAAAGAAAGUGCCAAUUUUGAUUUUGUUUUGGAACCCUAUAAAGUUGAAAAUGCAAGAUUAUGCAGGGAAAAUAAUGACCUCUACCUAGAAUUAAUGAAGCUGAGAGAGCAGUCAGACCAGCAAAUUAAAGAGCUGACAGGGGCACUGAAGAAGAGUUCACGUGAAACAUCUGAUCUGAAAUUUCUAAAUAACCAGUAUAUUCAUAAACUGAAACUUGUGGAGAAAGAGAGCAGAGCUAAGAAUGACAAAAUACAGCUACUUCAAGAAAAGAAUUUGCAGGCAGUAGUACAAACUCCAGGUGGCAAGAAAAGAAGUAUUGCAUUCAGGCGCCAACGUAUGCAAAUUGACGAACCAGUCCCUCCUUCUGAAGUCAGCUCAUAUCCAGUGCCUCAACCAGAUGACCCUUAUAUUGCAGACCUCUUACAAGUGGCAGAUAACAGAAUUCAAGAACUUCAAGAGGAAGUCUGUGCAUUACAAGAAAAGUUAACUGCAAUGGAAAAUGGAGUGAGAGAUUAUAACAAGCAGAUUGAGCUAAGAGAACAAGAGAUAGAACGACUGUCAUUGGCAUUGGAUGGUGGUCGCUGCCCGGAUAUCCUCACUCUGGAGAGCAGAAAUAAAACCAAUGAGAAACUUAUUGCUCAUUUAAAUGUUCAGGUUGACUUUCUUCAGCAAGCUAAUAAAGACCUGGAGAAGCAAAUACAAGAGCUUUUGGAGAGCAAGGAAACAGUCACUACUGAAGUUGUUCAUUUGAGUAACAAAAAUGAAAAACUUUGCCAAGAAUUGACUGAAAUAGACCAGCUAGCACAGCAACUGGAAAGACAUAAAGAAGAAGUGCUUGAGACUGCUGAUAAAGAAAUUGGGGAAGCAAAGAAAGAGAUUAAAAAAAAACUCUCUGAAAUGCGAGAUCUUGAAGAAUCAAUGUCAAAGCUUCAGCUGGAAUUAGAAUUAUGCCAUAAAGAAAAGCAGAGACUGAGUGAAGAACUUCUUAUAAAAUCAGAUCUUGAAGUGAUUGUUUGUCAGCUUGAACAAGAAAAGCAAAGACUUACCAAAAAAGUUGAAAAUUUUGCAGAUAAAGAAAGAGAACUUGUACUGGAAGUUGAGAGGAUGAGGCUUGAACAUGGAAUAAAACGUCGAGACAGGUCACCUUCUCGUUUAGAUACAUUUCUAAAAGGCAUAGAAAAAGAACGAGAUUUUUAUAAGAAGGAGCUAGAAAAACUUCAGCAUAUAAUACAGCGAAGAUCUUGUUCUGCACGUGAAAAAUAUCCCAAUUUAAAAACACUGGAAAAACAUCACACUUCGAAAACACCAGAGAAGGGUGAUUACAAUGCAGACAUUUGUCUGAUUACAAGAGAAAGAGAUGAACUUCAUUGUAUGCUGGAAAGAUUUGAAAAGCAUAUGGAGGAAAUACAGUCCAAUGUUAAAUUACUGACUGCUGAAAGAGAUAAACUAAGUGUCUUAUAUAAUCAAGCUCAAGAAGAAUUAUCUGCACUGAAACAGGAAUCCACCAAAACAGUCUCCUCAAAUAUGGCUAGUCUUAUGGAGCAGGAAAAAGAGCAUAUUUUAGCUGAAUUGAGGAGGAUUAUGGUAGAAAAGGAUACUUUAAGAGAAAAGUUAAAAAACCUUCAAGAAAAGAAUCUUUUGGAAAAAUCAGAAUUGGAGCAAGCUCUUGAACAAUUGACAUGUGUUAAUCAUCAGCUUGAAAAUGAAAAAUGUGAAUUGAAGUCAAAAGUGUUAAUAAUGAGUGAAACAAUAGAUUCAUUAGAAAACAAAGUAAAACUCCAAACUCAGAAACUUAACAGUGCUGCUGGUGACUCUUCUCAACAGAAAACAGAGGUGAACUCACUUAGGCUGAUAAACGAGCAGCUGCAGCGGUCACUUGAUGACCAUCAACAUCGACUUAUCUUAAAAAGAGGUGAACUGGACUCAGCCCAAGGACAAAUUAGAGUACUGGAGGAAAAAUUAGAUAAGAUGACCCUUAAGGUAGCUUCACAGGACCAGGAGACUAAUGUCAUGAAAAAGACCAUAAGUGUUAUGGAUAAAGAAAAAGACUUUCUUCAAGAGACUGUCGAUGAAAAGACAGAAAAAAUUGCAAACUUAGAAGAAAACUUAGCUAAUAAAGAAAAAACUAUUGCUCAUAUGAAGGUAACCAUGUCAGAGUAUGACUCAUCUCUAAACCAUCUGAAAGAUACAUUGACUAAUAGAGAUCAUGAGAUAAGCAGCCUCCGGCGCCAGCUUGAUACAGCCCACAAAGAACUUGAAGACACAGGAAGAUCCAGAGAUAUCUCUUUGAAGGAAAACAGAAGAUUGCAGGAUGAUCUGAGUACAAUGGCAAGAGAAAACCAGGAAAUCUCAUUGGAAUUGGAAGCAGCAGUGCAAGAAAAAGAGGAAAUGAAAAAUAGAGUUCAUAAUUACAUAACUGAGGUGUCACGAUGGGAGAGCUUAAUGGCUAGUAAGGAAAAGGAAAAUCAAGAUUUGUUAGAUCGAUUUCAAAUGCUUCAUAACCAGGCGGAAGACUGGGAGGUAAAAGCUCACCAGGCUGAAGGAGAAAACAGCUCAGUUCGACUUGAACUUCUUUCUAUUGAUACGGAGAGAAGACACCUUCGAGAAAGGGUGGACCUGCUGGAAAAAGAAAUUCAGGAGCACAUAAAUGCACACCAUGCUUACGAAUCUCAGAUCUCCUCAAUGGCAAAAGCCAUGUCGAGGUUAGAAGGAGACCUUAGAAGUCAAGAAGAAGAAAAGGCAUCAGUAUUAAAUGACUUAUCAUCUCUUCGUGAACUUUGCAUUAAGCUUGAUUCAGGAAAGGAUAUCAUGACCCAACAAUUGAAUUCCAAAAAUCUUGAAUAUGAGAGGGUUAUGAUGGAAUUGGAAAAUGCAAAAUCAGAGACAGAGCUAUUGAAAAAACAACUAACAAGUGAGAGAUGUACAGUUAAAAACCUUGAAUCAUUACUAGCUUCCAAUAGAGAUAAAGAGUUCCAUUCUCAUAUCUCCUCCCAUGAGAAGGAAACAGAAAUCCAAUUACUAAAAGAGAAGCUAACCCUGGCAGAAAGCAAAUUAAGUUGCCAAAGCCGGGAGAAUGCCUUACUUCGAACUAAAGUGGCAGAAUUGCAUAUGGAGUAUGAUGCUAUGAAAAGACAAAUUUCAACUGAAAGAUUUGAGCGAGAACGAGCGAUCCAAGAGAUGCGUCGACAUGGUCUUCCUACAUCACCCCUUAGUUCUACUCUGAGAUCUCCUUCAAAUUCUCUUGAGCUUUCAAACUUGUAA